AUGGACAUGGGCCUCGAGCACUCGAGCUCUGCCUCCUCGUCCACGACCGAGGGCGGCGGGGCGGCGUGGCCGUGGCCCCCGAAGCGCCCCGCGGGCCGUACCAAGUUCCGGGAGACGCGGCACCCCGUGUUCCGCGGCGUGCGGCGCCGCGGCAGCGCCGGCCGGUGGGUCUGCGAGGUGCGCGUCCCCGGGGAGCGCGGCACGCGCCUCUGGCUCGGGACGUACGUCACCGCCGAGGGGGCCGCGCGCGCGCACGACGCCGCCAUGCUCAUGCUGCGCGGCCGUUCCGCCGCGUGCCUCAACUUCCGGGACUCCGCGUGGCUGCUUGCCGUGCCGCCCGCGUUCUCCAACCUCUCUGAUGUCCGGCGCGCGGCCGUCCAGGCCGUCGCGGAAUUCCUGCGCCGUCCGGAGGCCACGAGUGCCGCUGCAGCGGUCCAGGAAGUCACCUCCAGCGUGGUCGUCCCGUCGUCGGCGGCCUGCAGUGUCCCCUCGGCCGAUACGGCGCAGACCUCCGGUGAAGCCACUUUUGAGGUGCCGGCCGCAUUAGACAUGGACAUGUUCGAGCUCGACUGCUUGUUUGGGGAGACGGACUCGGACACGUACUACUACGCGAACCUUGCGCAGGGCCUGCUCAUGGAGCCACCGCCUACGGUGGCCACCGGGGCGUACUGGGAAAAUGUAGACUGCGCCGACGGCGGAGCAGGAGCUGAUGUCGCGCUCUGGAGUUACUAGGACUAAUAUCGACAGUCUCCGAUUCGAUCGACUCGGCCAUUUUUUACCCAGCUCCGUCGUAAUCCCUUCGAGUUUAAGCCGGUUUGAUCAUCAUCCAACGUCGUGAGGAGCAGUCCAUCGAUCGCAGCAUCAAAUUCGAUGGUUGCAUAUGUCUUCUCAGGUGUGUCCCCUCAG